UUAUAAACAAAAUAGAUUUAGAUCUAGUCUAGUGAAAAUCUAAGAAAGUCUAACCUAAGGCCUAAGGUCUAAGACAUUCUAAGAUUUAUAUAGAUCUAGAUCUAUAACACCCUGUCGGCCUGUGUCUUGCUAAAUCUAUAUUUAAACACUUUUAAAAUCAUAAAAUGAACAAAGAUGAUCAUCCAGACAUUACUACAGUAACAGUUUCAUCAGCAAUUGUAGAGCUGAAAGCAGAAUUAUUUCGAAAGCAGGAAGAGUUCAAGCAAAAAAAGUUAAACAAUGAGACUUACCUACAUUUAAAACGAUCUAAGAGUUUAAAAAGCAGUUUACUUGAUGAAUCUAAUUCUGGUGUGUUGGAGAGAGCAAAAAAAGAUGUUGAGAGUAGAUCUCCAGUUGACAAUGAAGAUGACAUGCUACAGAAGUCUAGGAAAAUUCUAGAAGAGAAAGCCAAACUGUAUGACAAGAUCUCACAGAGUUCUGUUGUUCCAGAUGAAGAUGGCAGUGAAUACUACUUGGUGGAUUUCCAAAAGAAAGUGUUAGACUCAAUGUUGGAAGCUAAACAGAAUUUAGAAAGAGAAACAACUGAAAAGACCAAAUCAUCUCAACCAAAUACAUCAAAAUUCAAUGAACAGCUGUCAUCAAAAGAGGAAGAAGAGUCAUCUUUACUAGUCGCAUCCGAAGCAUUUAGAGAAAAACUUAGAGAAAAAUGGGAGAGUGAAGCAAAUGAACUCUUACAGAAAUCUCAGAAUGAUAUUCACUAUUCUAACAUUCAGUUUGAUGAAAUCAGAAACCAUGGUGUGGGCUUCUUUCAAUUUUCAAAAGACCACGAACAAAGAGAAAGUGAAUUAGCUAGCCUUAAAAAACUUCAUAAAGAAACUAUAGAUGAGCAAGCUCGUAAAGACAGCAUUAAAGCUAAAAGAAAGACUCAGAUGGAGGAGAGGUUGGCCAAAGUUAGACAGAGAAGAAAUUUGAAAGAAGUGAAACAAGACAUUGAUGCUAAAGCCAAUACACAACUUAUCAUUUCUGAUUCUGAUUCCUGCAAACAACCUGUUAGCGCAGAGCUUAGCACAAGCAAAGAACUUGAUGUGCCUUCUGUACACCAAGAUGUCAGUACCAGUGAACAAACCAAAAAACCAAUCAGAGAGUGGGAUAGAGGAAAAGUUUUCCCAGUCAAGUCUUAUGUUGAGGAAAGAAGAAAAGAGAGAGAGUCAGACUUUGCUCCUCCAGACAGCUAUUUCACUAGUACUGCUUCCAAGGAAGACCUGCGUAGGAAAGAAAAACCUGGACCACAAAAGUCUUUCAUAGAUAGUAGUUCUGUCCAUAAGAAUGCUUUGAAUGGUCAUACAUUUCCAACAUCCUGUGAUAGUUCAUCUGAGCAGAUAUUUUAUAAUAGGAAUGUUUCCAAUGGUGAACAUUUCACUGAUCCAUCCUAUUGUACCCAGUACUAUAUGUCUCACACUUAUGGUGCAUAUCCCCAGAAUGCCCCGGUAGAUUACAGUUACGAUAAUACUCCAGCUUCUGUUACCAACUACCAGCCUCACAUUUAUCCUGCUUGGCCAGUGGCAACUCCAAUCUCUAGCACUUCAUUAGACAGUACUGCUGCCACCUACAAGAGUGGCUAUAUGCAGCCCAAGAAACCCAAACUUUCUCUAGUUGAUACAAGGUUUGUUCAGAAUGACAGUAUGGCAUCACUGCCACCUAGUGAUACUUCUCUACUAGAAGUGAAUGCUGUGAAUUACACCCCCGGCAGUUUCACUGCUGCUAAACUGAAACAGUUCAAUCAAACUACUGAGGAAAUAUCACAUAUGGGAAAUAGAAAUGAAAUUUCUAGUGCUCCAGUUAUGUAUACACUAAAACAAGAAGAGAACAAUUCAAUAUAGUUUUAUAUUUCUUUUGUUGUUAAGUCAGUUAAAAUUUUCUCUGAACUUAAUAAACUCGUCUUAAAAAUACUUAUUUUUAUGGAUUAUUAUUAUAUAAUUUUCUUAAAUAAAUCAUUACAUACUUAAAACUGUAACCCAA